GUUGAAAAACAAAAGCGAGCACUUUCUUACCACAGUCGGUCCGCUUCAUUCGUUUCGAAUGGUUACUUUCUCCGCUUCUAUCUCUCCUCCUUCCAGUGCUCGCACCUUUCGUCGCCAUUAUUCUCCAUUGCUUUACUGCUUUGCCACUUCUUCUUCCCUUUCUCUUUCUUUUGUUUCUAGGUCAAAAUGGCCUUCGUUGUCGAAUUCCCAGAUAAAGCCUCCUCGUCUUCUGUAUUGCUGCUUGUCGCCUGAUUCGGAAAAUGGCAGUCAAAUAGCAACGAUGCUACCCUUCGUUUUAGCCUCUGACGAAGACUCUAGGCCAAAGCCAUCGUAUAGGUGGCAAAGGGUCUUGCUGAAAGUAAGCGGGGAAGCACUAGCUGGGGAUCGCACAGAAAAUAUUGAUCCAAAGAUUACAAUGUCCAUAGCCAAAGAAGUAGCAUCUGUGAUCAAGCUUGGCGUUCAGGUUGCUAUAGUAGUUGGUGGGGGUAAUAUCUUUCGUGGAGCCUCAUGGGCUGGGUGUAGUGGCCUUGAUCGUUCGUCUGCAGACUAUAUUGGGUAUGGAAUACCAUACAUUUGAUUUUUUAUCAUAUUUUAAAAUUUGGUCAUCCUGUUUAAAUUCU